GUUAGUGCCACGUGAUAACUUACCUUUCUCCAAGCUCUACAAAAUUAAUAUUACGGCGAUGGACGAUGAUUUAUAUCCCGCAUUGACAAUCUGUUUAUGGGACCAAAAUCAGAAACCAAACCCAUUAAUCAUCAUCCACGUGUCUACUGACGCGCCAAUAAAGAGGAUAAUAACUCGCCAAAAUCUUUCAGCCAUCGCAUUGGCAGAUUAGACGGCAAAACCUUAGUCCCUUCUCCAUCAUUACCAAUCGGAGCUCCACACCCCCCCGCGGAAUUCACUGAGCGGCGCCAAAAACCAUCCCAAAAUUUCAUUAGAAAAAGAAAUAAAAACUCAAAUACAAAAAAAAAAAGAAAAAAGAAGAACUAAGGCAAUCAGGAAAAAUCAAAUCAAAUGGAAUCUCUAAAGAACAGAAUGGAAAAGAAAGAGAGCUCGGUUAGGUUUUUUCUUUAUUUCUGCUAGUGUACAGUUGAAUUUUGAAAUCGAAAAGAGAAGGAAAAGUGCAAAGCAUGGAGUUACAGAACACUGUGAAAGAAGCCCCAAACGCACUGUACCAUCACCCCGACGAUGCGGUGCGUAUGCAAGCCGAUCGAUGGUUGCAGGAUUUUCACCGCACCGUCGAUGCUUGGUGGCGAUUCUCUUCUUAUUUUCUUCUUUUUGAGCUUUUUCGAUCGAUUUGUGCAAAUAAAGUUGUGUUUGGAUAGGACUCAUUCCUUUGUUAUUUCAGAAUGCUCGCGAAUUAACAGUUUACAUUGAUCGAUUUGCAUGUAUCUUUCGGUAAGAUAAAUGUUCCCUCCCCUCCCAUGCCCUUUUUAUUUUCAUUGUUUCUGUUGGUCUAUUGAGGUUUUUUCCCCAUGCAACUGGAACCAAUUCUACUGGAGCAGUCGCAGAUGCAAUUGACAGGCUAUGGCCGAUAUUCAAAGCCAUAUUUGAUCUUCGGGCUUGAGACAUGCGGACCAUGGAGUCUCUUUGCCGUGCUUGCAAUUAUGCUGUGAGAGCUUCCGGAAGGUUUAUGGGAAUUACAAUUGGAGCAAUGAUUGAAGAAAUUCAAGGCCUGUAUCAACAACAACACCAGCCAUGCUUCCUUUAUCUCUCUAGUGAAGUUAUAAAGGAAUUCACUACAAGACCGGACGGUGCGGAUGAUUGCUUUCUGUUGGCAUCAAGGUGCAUUCAUUAUUGUCCUCAAUCAUUCAUUUCUUCUGCUGUAUUUCCAGCUUUAGUAGAUUGCUUGAUGAUUGGGAUCACAGUACAGUACAGCACAGAGAGGCCUCCAGUUCUGUUUUGACCUUCUUGUCUGAUAUGUAUGAUCUUGCAAAGUCUAGGAAGAGUGAAUAAUUUUUAUCCAUCAGGUAUAGUGUCAUUAUUCCACAAGGUGCUACUAUUACUAGAGUUUUGGUAGCAGCCCUAACUGGAGCACUCCCAAGUUUUCGAUUAUAAAUGGUAGCUUCUGCUGCUUUGUUGUAUUCUUCAUCUAUUGUGCACAUUGACAUUGAUGCAGUAACGAUUAGUAGAAUUAGUUUGAACUUAUUGCCUUUAAUUUCUAACAUGAUGAAUUCAUCAGCCUUUUGCUACUUCAGGUAGCAUAUGCUCUUCUAGCAAUGACUUGAGCAUAUGGGAUUCAAGCUCCGGAGUGGGCUAAGGAAAGUGUUUAAUUGAUCCCAUUGACUGCUGUCAAAGAGGUGGAGCGGUCAAGAUAUUUGAAAGCAUUGUGAGACGCUGCUUCUGGGACUGAUAUUAAUGUCCUUAUGGCCGCAGUUGAAAGAGUUAUCUGAUGUUUGUCAUCGUAAUCAAACAGCUCAAGAGAUUGUUCAGGGAUCAUUAAAGCCACUUGAGUUGAAUCUGGUACCUGUAACAUAGUGGAAAGAAAUAAAGAAAUAUUGGAGCGGUUGUUUUGCUGAGGCCAAAGGAAUUACUUGAUCCUGUAUUUGCUGUUUUUAUUCAUGCUUCAUUAUGUAUCAAUCAUCAUUAGUCAAUUUUGCAUGUGUUUUUUAUGGCCGUGUUUGGCAUUUCUUUUAUUUACACUAGGGAGAGAUUGGGUUGUUGUAUCUUCCGCUACAGAUAUGGAUUCCAAGUCAUCUCGAAUGCAUUGUCUUCAAAUUUUUGGGUGAAAAAUUCUUGGUAAGUUUAUAAUGGGAAAAUAUCUUGAAGUUGUUUCCCGUAACAAGAAUCAAGAUGAAUUGUUUCUGCAUGUUGCUCUCUAUAAGGAUUACUACAUGCAUUGCACUCAAUGACAGAGUGUUCUUUUUGGUUUUUAAAUU